ACGUAUACAAGUUAGAGGAUCUCCCAGUCCGUCCGCGUCCGGAGGUAAGGGUAGCGACACUGAAACAAAGGCUGAGAAACAAACGACAACCGAAUAAAAACCAUCCGAAGCAGAAGAAAAAACAUCAGAGAAGAAGACAAGAUGGUGGCCAAGCAGAGAAUCCGCAUGGCGAACGAGAAACAUAGCAAGAACAUCACUCAGCGAGGAAACGUGGCCAGGUCAACGAGGAACAUCAGUGAGGACAAAGGUGUGGGUCCCUGGCUGCUCGCUCUCUUCAUUUUUGUCGUCUGUGGAUCAGCCAUUUUCCAGAUCAUCCAAAGCAUCAGAAUGGGCAUGUAGAGUGAUGUCACCAGCAGGGGGUGGGGCUGACGAUGGUGAUGAUGAUGAAGGAACUACGAAUGCCAACAUCAUCAGACCGUCACGCUCCCGCCUCGAACUGACCCCACCUGAACAUUCCUGAACUCUGGCGGCCGCCUGCAGGCGUUCCUGCACAGAAGCAACCAAACAAACCCGGAAAACCAGCCCCUCGCCCCCUUGACCAAACCCUGCGCCCUGAAGACCUGUGUUUAUUCCAGUUAUCUGUAUUGAUUUAAUGUGUCUCUGCUGUGACCUUCUCACAGUCUCCUGCCUGUAAACAAGCCAUACAUGUGCCAUUCUCUGUUUAACUGUGCUUUAACCCCGCCCCCUCUGAUUACACCUUAUCAGCACAACCCAAGGGGGGUCACAGUCCAACCUGCUCCAGUAAACUGUUUACCCCAGACCAAAAUAAAUUAAUCUGUGUGUUUGUGUUGUAUCAGACAUCUGCCCUUGUCACAUUCCAGCUGAUCUGAUCUUUCCUGCUCCUCCUGAUCCUCCUCUUCCUCCUCCUCCUCCUCCUCAGUGAAAACGAGAUAAAGUGAGAUGAAGGUCUUUUGAAUCAGAAGGUUUGGAGGUGCUGACAGGUGUGUCUGCACUGUGUGCAGCCUCACCUGAACAAAGUGUUCGCAGAAUAAAGUUUCAUUUUGAUGA